AUGUUCAGAUACAACGUGCAUGUGUGGAUGUUAUGGUUGCUUUAUGCAGGCACUUUGUCCGGAGAGGACAUCUAUGGAUGUGAACAGCAGCCAUGCCAAAAUGGUGGUGUAUGUGAGAGCCACAAUGGGGGAUUCAGAUGCCUUUGCUCCCAGCAGAGCCAAAAUGGGCGGCUAUAUGGGGGAGAGACUUGCACAGUUGCACUUUCAGGCUGUGAUGACAACCAGUGUGAGAAUGGAGGAAUAUGCUCUCCUUUACUUGUAAAUGAUCAGCACACUUACACAUGCAUCUGCCUUGCUGGCUUCACAAGCUCAAAAUGUGAGACCCCCACAGUCUUCUCGUUUGAGUCCAGAGGCUACAUGUACAUAGAGACACAGCUUCUAGACCCAGAGGCUCCUCUUCAUGUCACAUUCAGCUUCAAGACAGGAAGGGCAGUCGGUACCCUCUUGCAGCGCAGAGUGGACGACUUGCUCCUCAGCAUCGAGCUCAUGGAAGGGCAUCUCUGCCUCCGCAGCCUGAGAGGUCAAGGCUCCAGCACUCUGGUUCAAGAGCUCCCAGAGUACCUGUCCAACAAUAAGUGGCACACAGUGGAAGCAUCAUUAGGCGGCGUGGUCAGUCUCAUCAGGCUGCUCUGCACGGAAGGAAGCUGCACCAGAGACUCCAGCAGCGAAGUCCAGUUGCUUGAGCAAGCCUCUGCUCUCCCUGACCCAGGAUUGGUUCGUCAAAGCCUCUUUCUAGGAGCAGUUGGGGGCAGCUGGGGUUUGGGCAGAGCAGUGGAUGAAGCAGACUACCUGCCUGCUUUUCUAGGCUGCUUCAGAGAUGUGUUUGUGGACUCACGUCUGGUGUUGCCUGCUAUAGUGCCAGAAGAUUCAGACACCCAGGUAAAUGUCACUGUGGGAUGCAGUGACAAAGACAAGUGUGACAGCAGCCCAUGUCAGAACCGCGGGCGCUGUGUGAGCCAAGGCUGGAGGAGCUACAUGUGUGAGUGCCACAGACCAUAUGAAGGAAACAACUGUGCAGAAGAGUAUAUCACUGCAAGGUUUGGAAACCAAGACCUGGAGAGUUAUGCUGUCUUCUCGUUAGACGAUGACCCAGGUGAUAGUGUGACUAUAUCCAUGUUCAUCCGCACCAGACAGUCAAGUGGCCUGCUCCUCAUCCUGGCCAACAGCACCAGCCAGUACCUCCGCCUGUGGCUGGAGGAGGGCAGGGUCAAAGUUCAGGUCAACAACUUUGAGACACUUGUUGGUCAGAGUGCUGUCAGUGAUGGCCAUUUCCAUCUGGUGACUGUGAAGCUGGAAGGAAUGGCAGCCAGCUUAUUUCAGUCAGCCCAAGACCAAGGCUCCAUAUCCAUCAGGCACAUCCAAGCCCAUCCCGGGGAUCUGGUUUUCAUUGGAGGGCUGCCAGACUCAAGGGCCUCUGCUUCGUUUGGUGGCUACUUUAAGGGUUGUAUCCAAGAUCUGAGGAUUAACAAUAAACGAUUGCAGUUCUAUCCCAUAGCAACUCCGGUGGAAUCUUACAACCUGGAGAAACUCAUCAAUGUUGCGCAAGGAUGCAGCAGUGACAAUGCCUGUGCUGUCAACCCCUGUCUCAACGGUGGAGUGUGUUACUCCAUGUGGGAUGACUUCAUCUGCAACUGCCCCCCCAACACUGCAGGGCAGCGCUGCGAAGAGGUUAAAUGGUGUGAGCUGUCUCCCUGCCCCGCCAGUACCAUUUGUCAGCCCCGCUUUCAGGGCUUUGACUGUUUGUCUAAUGUGACAUUUCGGGCUGAAAGCAGCAUUUUGCACUACCGGAGCAAUGGAAAGAUCAGACGCAGGCUCACCAGUGUGUCCCUCAGCUUCCGCACAAGACAGUCCACUACCACCUUACUGCAUGGACAAAAGGACUCAGACUACCUCACUGUCUCCCUGCAGGACUCUCAUUUGGUCAUGGAGAUCCAGGUUGGGGAUGACAAGGAUUUCCCCAAGGUGACAGUUCAAAGUCAGUGUCCAGUCAGUGAUGGAGAGUGGCACACUGUGGAGCUCAUCAUGGAGAGAAAGACGCUUCUGACCUCUAGGUGGAUCAUGGCUGUGGAUGGAAGCCAGAAGGAAAUAAGCAUCUCCAAAACAGCUGCGGGGGACUUGGAUUUUCUUAGGGAGGGAGCAGACAUUUUCUUGGGGGGACUGAGCAUGGUUGCUGGGGUGAAAAUGUCUGGCUGUCUGGGUUCUGUGGAGAUCGGGGGCCUUCUGCUUCCUUUCCACCUGGACACAGAGUUGAACCUCCCCAGACCUCAGGAGGAGCAGUUUAUGAGGACAAAUGGCAACGAUGCCCUGCAAUACGGCUGCUGGGGGUCCAGUGUGUGUGAACCCAACCCUUGUCAGAACCAGGGUGUGUGUCAGGACCUGUUUGACCUGCAUCACUGCACAUGUCUCUCCGGAUGGACAGGACCGCUGUGUCAAGACCCAACAGACGCCUGUGUCUCCAGCCCCUGCAUCUAUGGCAACUGCAUCAACCUACUUUGGGGAUUCAAGUGUGAGUGUGAGCUGGGGUACAGUGGUGAACAGUGUGAGGUUGAGAUCGAUAUGUGCGAAAACAGCAACUGUAGCAACGGUGCCACGUGCCUCAAAGGCUUCCAGAGCUACUCAUGCCUUUGCCCUCAAAAUCUGACAGGCCAGUACUGCGAUGACAGAAUUCCUGAAAUCUCAUGGUACAUUGAGGCAAACCCACUUCCUCAGUUACCUGUAUCGACAUGCAUGGGUACAAGAUGGAAAUACAGCUGCUUUAACGGAGGGAACUGCUCUGAAGCAGACAACACCUGUUACUGCCUGCCGGGUUUCACAGGGCAGUGGUGUGAGAAGGAUGUGGAUGAAUGUGCCUCGGACCCGUGUAUGAACGGAGGCUUCUGUGUCAACUACGUGAACAGUUUUGAGUGUGUGUGUGAUAUGAAUUACUCGGGGAUACACUGCCAAAUAGACAUCAGUGACUUCUACUUGUACCUCUUCUUGGGCCUGUGGCAGAACCUCUUCCAGCUGGUGUCGUAUCUUGUGAUACGGCUCGACGAUGAGCCAGAAAUUGAGUGGGGCUUCCAUGUCAAUGAUUAA